UCCUCUUGUCUCCCUGUCAGAUGUGGAGAGUAACGAUGUGGUUCCGUGGGUGCUGAACUCUAUCCUGGCUAAGUACAUCCCAAGUCAAAACCCCCACGUCAGACAGGCUGCCUGUAUAUGGCUGCUCUCUCUGGUGAAGAAGCUGCACCAGCACAAAGAGAUCAGGUCUCACCUGAAGGAGAUCCAGACGGCUUUCAUCUCCAUCCUGUCAGACCCUGAUGAGUUGAGUCAGGACGUGGCAUCUAAAGGUCUUGGUCUAGUCUAUGAGAUGGGAGGAGAGGGAGACCAGCAGGAACUGGUGUCUACACUGGUCGAAACACUGAUGACUGGCAAGAGGGUGAAGCAUGCCGUGUCGGAGGACACCGAGGUGUUCCAGGGAGAGGCUCUGGGGAAAGCACCGGACGGACACGGACUCUCCACCUACAAGGAGCUGUGCUCAUUGGCCAGUGACCUCAACCAACCGGAUCUGGUCUACAAGUUCAUGAACCUAGCCAAUCACCACGCCAUGUGGAAUUCCCGCAAGGGAGCAGCGUUUGGGUUCAACAUCAUAGCAGCGAAGGCAGGAGAGCAGCUCGCCCCCUACCUGCCCCAGCUGGUACCACGUCUGUACCGAUACCAGUUUGAUCCCAACCUGGGCAUCAGGACGGCCAUGACCUCCAUCUGGGAUGCUCUGGUCACUGACAAGAACAUGGUGGAUAAGUAUCUGAAAGAAUCCUCCAGGAUGUGAUAUCUAACCUGACCAAUAGCAU